AUGAACAAGGAAACCCAAAGGUCUGCAUGGCACUGGAAACGAAUCGUUUCUGGCAUCACGGAAGGCGACAGUCCUAAAAAGAUGGUGAAUGACUUGCGCAAAAUGACGGACCGUAUCUCACUCAAUCUGACAGAGAAAAUCCAGCUGAAUACUACAAACAUUGAGAAGAAAGAAGAUCGACUGGAAAUGUUCAAAUCUGACCUCGCUGCAGCCUUUCAGCUCAUGCUAGAGGAUACUGGACUAGAUAAGGUAGUCAAUGUGCCGCCUCCAAAAGUUGAAUACUCGGCAGUUUGUAUAGACGAUGAAGAAAUACUGAAGUUCGAGGAUGAAGUACUACGCACUCCAAUGACGCCAAAAUCCAUUGGUGGAAGACCGUCCUUGGCUUCAAGCGACGUAUCCUCUUCCUUUCAUAGCCAGACGGAUGAUGAUAAUUGGCUUUCUCCCGCCAAAUCCGACUGUCGAAAGGUCCACAAUGACAGUCUCCAUGAUGACCGACGGUUCUAUUUUGAUCUGAAUCAUUUGGAUGAUGAGUGA